AUGGCUGGUGCAUGUGGACGUUCGAAUCGUAGUCAAUCGAAAGCAAUGAUAUUUUCACCUGGCCCAAAUAAAGAUUCGUCUACACCCUUUCGGGCUAUGCCCGAUCAGAGUACAGACUAUCGAAUCGUUGUCUUUGGCAGUGCUGGUGUUGGUAAAACCAAUUGUGUCCUUCGAUUUGUCAAUGGACAGUUCCGUGAAAAUUAUAUUCCGACUGUGGAAGAUACCUACCGACAAGUAGUAUCUUGUAAUAAGCAAAUAACAACGUUGCAAAUAACCGACACCACUGGCGCACAUCAAUUUCCAGCCAUGCAAAGAUUAAGUAUACAAAAAGGACAUGCGUUUAUUUUGGUUUAUUCGGUAACGAGUAAACAAACAUUGGAAGAUUUGAAACCGAUCUAUACUCAAAUUCGAGAGAUUAAAGCUGAUCAGCAGAAUGAAACGCCCAUUCUUCUCAUGGGCUGUAAAUCCGACGAAACAGCAUGUCGUGAAGUGACCGAGAAUCUCGGUAAACAAUUGGCCUCGCAUUGGUCAUGUGCAUGGAUAGAGACAUCCGCGAAAAACAAUGCAAACAUUCGCGAAGCAUUCCAAGAACUUUUGAAACUAGAUAAGAAAAGACAGUUCAAUUUCAAUGUUGAUCAAGACGGACAUUUAAUCGACGAUAAUAGUAAUACUCCAAUCCCAUCAUCUCCAUCGUUGCACGGAGGCAAACGAUCGGCAUCGACCCUUAUCAAUAGUGGAAGUAGUCCGAAUGUAACUGAUAUCGUUUUAACCCGUCCGACAACGCCCGUUUCUCCCGGAACGAAAUCCAGUCGUACAUCAGUUAUGUCAACAUCGAGUACGUCAACAAAUAAUAUCAAGAAAGAUUUGGCUGUGGAUCCGAAACGGAUGGCAACAUCCGAUACAUCACCCAAUCGAACGACAACCAAAAAAUGUUUAAUUAUGUAA